AUGCCAAAGACGAUCCGAGGGCAUACCGACUGGGUGAAUGGGGUUGUGCACUUGCCCGGUGGACGAAACUUUGUCACAUGUUCUUGGGACGGCUCACUCCGACUAUGGGACCUAGAGAGCGGCACACAGAUAGGCGAGGAUUGGUGGGACGACAAUAACGCAGUGCGGUCCAUGGCAUUAUCUCCAAACGGAAAGACAAUUGCAAGUGGAAGUGGAGGCGGCGAUUACAAUGUGAGGUUGUGGGACGUCAAAACAAAGAAGGUCAUUGCCAAAUGGACAGGACACACCUAUGUUGUGUGCGCAUUGUGCUGGAGUGCAGAUGGUGAGCGAGUAGUGAGUGGAUCCUGGGAUGGGACAGCAAGAAUCUGGAAUGUCAAGAGCGGUCAAACUGUCCUGAUGAUCGAAACCGGGCACAACUGGGCGGAGACUGAGGAGAACGCUGUAAAAAUCUGGCAUACCAAGACAGGCGAGCUUCUCAAAACACUCAAACACGAUGGAAUGGUUUACAGCUUGGCAUGGACGUCGGAUCGGAAGAAACUGAUUGCCGGUUCAUAUGGCCUGAUUAGGAUAUUUAACACUGCCACUUGGAAUCAGAUUGCCAUCCUUGAAGGUUACACAAAUUGGGUUACCAACAUCUCCUUGUCUCCCAACAACCGCCUCCUUGCAAGUGCGUCCUUAGACUCAACAGCGCGUCUAUGGAAUCUCAAAACCAAUCUCCAAAUCGGACUAGCCCUCCAGCACGAGGAGGUUUUGUGGUCUGCAACCCUUUCCCCUGAUGGACAGGUGCUAGCAACUGCUUGCGGCAACAAAAAUGUGUACACGCGGGACGUUCACACCAUCCUCAAAGACGCCGGCCUUCAAAAGCUACUUCCCAAGGUAACCAAUAUUGCACCAAAAGACAGACUCGAGCAGAAGGCAUCAAAGGACAGGCCCGAACAGAAGGCACCAAAAGAGAGACUUGAACGGAAGUCAUCUCAAGAUGAUUCAGGAUCACGGCACACACCCCGCUCUUCACUCGAUGACAAAUCGUUUUUGGAAGCUGAUGCUACGAGAUACCCUGGCCAGUUUGGCAAUGUCGAUGAACUCCCAUCAACAUUUUUUGACGACAUGGAAACCAAUGAUGAUUCCUCCCCGAUGGGUGGUGUACACCCCCAUUCGUCUGUAAAUGCACUCCUCACUUGUCUUUCAUCGCUUCUCCGCCGCUUUCGACCCGACUGUGGUGAAAUGACUAAAAUUCCGCAACACUCAAGGCCUUCGGCGUUCCAUCUACACGCUCUCCUCGCUCGCCUGUCAUCACUCAUUCACCACUCUCGACCUGGAAGUGAUGAACUUCAGCAACCAUCCACCCCUUUGCGGUUAAAUCCAGAUGUACUACUAGCUCAACUUUCCUCCUUUUUCUCCCGGUCUCGACUCGGCACAGAUGAAGAAGCAGAACCUCAUCCCGCAGUGCCUUCGAGUUCACGUCCAGGUGCACUCACCAGCCAGCUGUCCUCACUCUUCUGCUCUCAACCCCACACCAACGAAAAAAUUGAACUUCUGGAACGCCCAAGUUAUCCUCGCGUUGUCGAAGUGGCUGCAGUGCGAGACAGGCAGACUUUGGUUGUCGCUCGGGGACCAAAAUUCAAGAAAGCAAAACGAGCAUACGAGCAACAAACCCAAUCGCACGGCCAAGUCCAGGCGUCGUCAUCUCACACUCAACCUGUUUCAACAUCCGCGACACCUCCUGCUCCAGGUACUACCACAGCAGGUGCAGCAGCCGCUCAGUCGCCACCCAUUCCAUGGCGGGCUCAAAUCGUUCUGUUUCUCUGCUGUGCAUCUCCACCACUCGUCGAUGCUCAUUAA